AUGGGGGAAGGAAUCUGGGCGCUCUGCGUGGUGCUCCUAGCCGUCGCGACUUUAGGAGCCCAAGUGACCUACGGCGAUGUCCCGACGGAGGUGCAGAAGAAGAUUAACUCUAUCAACCAAAAUGGGACAUACCUUGGUGUGGUGAUACCCAACGCCUUUGAGCUGAACCCCUUGCUACAGUCUCCAAGUUAUUCACCGGACAAGGGCAUGCCGUACGUCGAUUUCGCUGGUGAAUCUCCACUACCUCAUCCAGCGUUAAACAGGGGCAAUCAAUCCAUAAAUAUAGUUUUCGAACGGUGAUAAUAGUCGGCUCAUAAGUUCUUUUUAUUUUCCUCUCGGGUCAGGGAGGAGGUUUCGCUUCGGCUCUUUAGAGGGAAAAAAGGUUAUAUUGGUCAUGACAGGACUUGGCAUGGUACGCUUUCUGUUUUCCAAAAGUGAACGAAUACCGAAAAGAAUACGAUUUCUCGACGCUUAUGAGACCUGGCUCAUAUUUUCUCUGAUGAAAUUCAUACCUUCGGUAGUCGGCCAUCAAUUCCUACAGAUAAAUGCCGCUACAACCACUCAGUUGCUCCUGGGACUAUUCAAAGUAGAAGGGGUGGUGCAAUAUGGUAUCGCCGGAAACGCGAACCCAUCAUUCAUAAUCGGCGACGUGGUUAUUCCAAGAUUUUGGGCGCACUCGGCUCUAUGGAGCUGGCAGGUAAUGUUUCAAGUUGUUUCCGCUUCCAUUCCUCCGAAGAAAAAAUCAAUUCUUAGGCUUUCUUAGUCUCCUUCUCGUCCUUUCUGUUUCGUUGUUGCAGAGAUAUGGAGAUGGCCCUAAGAACGAGCUUCCAUUCGAGAACACCGGAGACUACACGAGGAAGUAUGGUUUCCUGAAGUUCGCGGACUAUACCUCAAACGGUAAAAAUCUUAUCCCUGACGCGGAUAAUCUUCUGAACAACGUGUGGUACCAGCCAGAGGAGAUAUUUCCUGUGGACGGAAUCCCGGAGGAGAGGCAGCACGUCUUCUGGGUUCCCGUUGAUCCCCGUUACUUUGCCAUCGCCAAGAAGCUUGUGGUAAGUGGAGUUCGAAAUCGCUUUUCCAUUUUCCCAUAUCGACGCCAAACGAAUUCUCGAAAACCCGUAAUGUGUCGGAAAUUUUCGAAGCACAAGGUCAAGUUUCUUAGCUGUUCUUCCCCCAGACUUCCAUUACCGUUCAUAGACUUUCCGAAGAAUAAGAUUUACUUUUAUGGAGAAUCUUAUGCAUCAAUUACUGCCUAAAAUUUAAUCACUAUGGAAUCCGUCUUAGAUUGUUUCGAUCGUGCCGCGAAGUCAACCGAUAAUAACGUGCAUCACAAGGCAUGCCAUGGGUGACUGCACGUUCGCCUUGACAUUGUUCGUUGAAUAUGAUGCCAGUCUCAAUCACGCCUUCUUUGACCCCGUGGCACCGUGGGUUCAAAUGGAAAAUAGAUUGAAUAUCAGAGUACUAGACUGAACCAAUAUGUUAUCGUUUGCUCUACCAGGGAUUGAAGCUCAAGGGUUGUGUUAACUCGACCUUGUGCCUAACUCGCACACCAAACGUGGCUCGGGUGACCAGGGGGAUGAGCGCAAGCAUCUUCCUCGACAACGCUUCCUACAGGGACUUCCUCUUCUCCAAGUUCAAGUUCACCCCGGUCGACAUGGAGAGCGCUUCGGUGGCCCUCGUCUGCCACCAGCAGAGGAUACCGUUUAUCAUCAUCAGGGGACUCUCCGACCUGGCCGGCGGCGGCUCCGACGAGUCCAAUGAAGCCGACACAUUCGUCUCUCUGGCAGCCGAGAACACCAUCACCGCGGUUGUAGAGUUCAUCAAGCGUCUGUAA